CCCGCGAAAGAGGGCUCGAGUGAUAAGGGCUCGAGGGAUGAGGCCUCGAUAACGCCGAGAUGGGAGCCGAUUAACGUCGCCAGGAACAUCGUCGUCUACAACAACCGUGGCACAGCCAAUGUCAAUGCAGACUACUUGAGAGAAGCCGAAAGACAAAACCGGGUUCGUGUGAGAGAAGACAGAGUUGAUUGGACACCGGCAUCGUAUUGGGACGGAGUCAGAAAGAGUCUCGAGAAUCACGCAAGAAAUUUCACUAUGACUGGUCCAAACAACAGUGAGAUGCAUUGUGUCGUCAUUGUAGUGAGUGCAGUGUCCAUAAUGGCUGGCAUGAGAGCAGAUGUCUGGAGUGAUUUGAUCGAUCGUGUUGAAAAUAUAAGCGGAUACACGCCGAUGUUUGUAAUAACACACCAUUUCGUGGCAGGCGAUCAUGGCAAGCCACUGGCCAAGCGAUUCAAAUCAGUCUUGGGUGCCUUGCGUAUUGACGAGGACGACAUCUUCUGUGUCGAGAACUACAGGAGAGAGAGCCAUUCACGGGACGAUAAGAGGCAUCUGCAGUUCUUAAACAUCUUGCGCAGGAUGGUGGUGAAUGGAGAAAAGGCGAUCCACAAAGAGCAUAGGCGCCCAUCAGAUCAGCGGUCACGAGCUGUCCAUGGGGUACCAUCAGAACAGCCGCCACGACAUGUUUUAUCUACACCUAGGGUCCUAUUACACCAGCCUCAUUAUCACCAAAACAGCAGCCGUACCCAGAAAUCAAGAACUUGCAUAAUCAUCUAAGCAAGUAGAUCAACACAGUGUCAUGGUGAUUCGUCUCAAAAUCUGCCCCCU